CUUCGUUGUUUUCUACACAACCCACAAUCUCGCGUUUCGCGCUAAUGUAGCCCCUCCGGGAGUAAGAUGCCGGGUGCCCAAGCCGUCCCGUCAUCCCCCGGGGCAAAGGGUAAGAGAUUGAAAAAGUGGUCGUCGCCAGUUCAUUUCGUGCUGUUGUCGCUCCUGACAAGUACUGCUUUCGUAUAUAUAGACGAUUGACAGGAUACUUAUUUUCUUGACCGGAAAACACCCAAUUGCUUUACUAGCAUACGAAACUGCAUAGCUCAACACACUCACACACACACAUGGAGCGAGACGCAGAAAAGGCGUCCAUCCACGGCGAGGGCAGCACCGACAGCUCGCCACAAACAGCGCUCGACUCACCGCGAGCAUCGCUAGGCCGGACGCGGUCCCAGAAUGGAUACGGCGUCGACAAUGAGCAGCCAGCGCUGGCGACCAAAAACGCGCCGGCUGGCGGCGCAAAGGACGAGGACCCCUUUGAGGUCGGGUGGGAUGACGGCGACAAAGACCCCCUGUGUCCGCGAAGCUUUGGUAAAGCUCGCAAGUGGCUGAUUACCUUUAUUCUCUGCUUUGGCAGCUUCACAGUAACCAACACGAGUUCCAUCUACACGUCGACAUAUGAGCAGAUGGAGGCCGAGUUUCACAAUGCGAGAAUCAUAUCGACGCUGGGUCUGUCGACGUUUGUGCUGGGCAUUUCGCUUGGCCCGAUGAUGUUGGGCCCGAUGAGCGAGUUCUACGGCCGCCGCCCCAUCUACCUCGUCACUUGGCUCAUGUUUCUCAUCUGGUUGAUCCCGUCGGCCGCAGCACCCAACAUUGCCACGAUUGUCGUGACGCGCUUCUUUUGCGGCUUUGCUGGAAGUGCCUUCUUGGCCGUCUCGGGCGGUACCGUGGGCGAUCUCUUUGCUCGCCACGAGCUCCAGGCGCCGAUGGCCAUGUACACAGCAGCGCCGUUCUUUGGCCCUACCAUGGGACCGCUGGUGGGAGGCUUCAUCAACUACAAUAUCAACUGGCGCUGGACAUACUAUGUCCUUAUCAUCACUAGCUUUGUGCUCUACAUUGCCAUCAUCUUCUUCGUACCCGAGACAUACCAUCCGAUUCUUCUGCGAAACAAGGCUCGCGAGCGUCGCAAGGCUACUGGUGAUGACCGCUGGAAGGCACCGACAGAAAAGGUGUCCAAAUCGGUCCUCAAGGCACUGUCAAUGUCGCUGAUGCGCCCGUUUGAGCUCCUCUUCUUUGAACCCAUGUGUCUCAACCUCUGCAUUCUCUCUGCCCUGCUCUUGGGCAUUCUUUACCUCUUCUUUGGAGCGUUCCCUGCUGUAUUUGGCAACGUAUACGGCUUCAACCUCUGGCAGAUUGGUCUGUCCUUUGUCGGCAUCGGCGUCGGCAUGCUCAUUGGUAUCUCGUCGGAUCCUGUUUGGCAGCGCGUUCGCACAGGGCUAGUACAGAAACUUGAGCAGGAAACGGGUAUCCCAGGUGCAAGUGAGCCAGAAUUUCGCUUGCCCCCCGCCAUUCUCGGAGCUGUUUGUGCGCCAGUCGGCCUCUUCAUCUUUGCAUGGACCUGCUUCCCCUGGGUGCACUGGAUCGCACCUAUGAUUGGCACGGUUGUUUUCGGCGUUGGGUAAGGAAACCUUCUCGAACGCUUUUCCAGGACGUAUUGAUACUAACAUGGUUGUAGUAUUCUGUUUGUAUUUGCAGGCAUUUUCACGUUCUUGGUGGAUGCUUAUCCCACAUAUGCUGCCAGUGCGCUGGCGGCCAAUGCAUUUGUUCGAUGUCUUUUUGCUGCUGCAUUUCCACUGUUUGGGGCUCAAAUGUACGAAAAGCUUGGUCACCAUUGGGCGACGUCGCUCCUUGGAUUCCUGCUGCUUCUCAUGAUGCCCUUCCCGUACAUAUUCUACAAGAUGGGUAAGAAGAUUCGAAGCACGAGUCGCUAUGCAAAGUCGUAGUUCUGUGGUUCGGGCGGUCUGCAUACAUACUAGGCGUAUAUAUCCAUGCUAUUAAGCAAAAUUAAUUGACUCUUUUUUUUUCG